UCCUAAUCAUCCUCCAAAUGCCAGAGCCCGCGAGCUUCCUUGUGCGAAGUAGAAGACGAGUCGGUGAGCUUUUGACGCCCCUCAUUGGUGCAACGGUGGCACAGCUCUUCAGGACUCAAAAGCUUCUUACGUUGCGCGCUGGGGACAUCCUGUCCUUCCCAGGCCCUUAUCUUGCUUUCUGCCACACUCCCAGGGCCAGCAAUCACAGCAGACUCAGCCCAGCUCAGCCUACGAUGCCCUUCGGCUGUGAAAGACCUCGAACCCCUCAUGUAAAAAAAACUUUCCGCGACGACACAAAGCGCGCCGCUUCGCGGCACGCUUGCUAGGCCGUUGAUCCUCCCGGCCUGGGAUCAUUACGAAGUCAUGUCGUGCAGUGCAUGCGCUUUGGCAGCCGCGAACAGACCGCAGGAUUCCUGAUCCACUCCUUCAUUGUUAUCCUGACGGGCUUGGAGCAACAGAGCCUUGCAACAUGCAUAUAGCUACCUCCGACGAACAGGGUCUCUGCCUAAAACGUCGACGACUUGUGCGAGAUAACGGAAACAUGUUGGAAAUCUGCCCCAGCCAGCGCUUCUGGGCUUCCUGGCAUCGUCAACCGCCUGGCUUGGUUAGAGACACCAGUUUUCGCAGCGUUUCCAACAGCGCUCUCUGUCUUGAAAUCAGCCUUGCGAAAUCGUACCAAGACAGUGAAUCACUCCAUUGGUACGAUGGCAUAUAGCACCCGUGGAUGACAAACAGUAUGUGGCGUGAAUGGACCAGACUCUCUCUCACUGCGUUUUCCUCUCUCCUUGCUCUGGAAAACCCUGUCAACACACGAUCAGCGAGACUAAAAUCCCGUGCCGUCUGUCGCGGACCGCGUAAGGCCUGUUUCCCUCCACAGUGGUAAGCCAAAGGUAUUGCAGUGGGGAUGGACCCUUUACUACCAACCCACGGCUCCAUAAAGGGGCAUGUUUGAUAGACAGCGAGGCAAUUGUCUGAUGGCGUUAAUGGCCGUACCAGAAACACCAAGCGUAGUAUCGAUCCCCGCCUUUCACCGAGAGCUGGGGGGUCUCUGUAUUUGCCACUGGUGGCUCUCAACAAGAAGCGCCAGAGGUGGUUAUUGGAUCCACAAUUGGUAAAUUGUGUUUGACGACGCGCCUACUCCUCGGAGAAGACGAACUGGUAACCCAGGUAAAUUGAUGACUUCCUCAAAUAUCGCGUAAAAGGUUAUCAUUCGAGCACUCUUCGAGAGAGACAUACAGGUGCUAAAUGUGGAUCCCUUCCACUAGCUGCUGGGAUAUACGUUUCCGACUCUGCAUCAAUAGCGGCUUCUCGCAGUGAGCUGGGGUACCUAGAAUCACCUCAACACCAUGAAUGCUCAGAUUAUUACCAUCGCGAGCUUUCUCUUGAUCACCGACCUCAAAUAGUCGUAGGGUGGUCUAUGAUCAGGUUCCCGGAAAAUGAGACAAAUCUGGCGGCACUGAGCCGUUGCUUCCGUGCUAUGCAGGGCUCGCACAGCGGCAAGAAAUUACCCUGGAGAAUACCAGAAAUGGCUUACCUUAUGGUAACCAGUUGCGAUGGGUAUGGUAUCUCGAGAACAAGGCCGAGAAGAGAUCUUCUGCACCCUGAUGCAAGGAUCGCAGAACGCGCAAAUCAGCAUGUCUAGUUUCUUUCAUGUGAAAGGGCUCGAACUGCGGAUCUGCACGCAACACCAAGCGACGACCUUGCUGUUCUUGGCCGGUUCGCUCAACAAAAUACAGCACAAAUUUUUCCCUAGAAAAAGAUGAAGGGACGAAGAAAAGCUCACCUCAUACCCACUUUUUCUCCACGAUCUUAUGAUGAACGUAAAAUCCUCUCUGUAUUGACAGCCUAUGUCGAGCCGCCAUGUCCGUGGGGUGGGUGGAGCUUAUGCAUUUUUUCUGCGACGGGGCCGAGCACACGCAGAAGGCAUCGAGCGGGACGCUGAGAUUGAGGACGUUGUGUACAUGCUCGGUACGAAGAGGUACUUUCUGCCAUUCUCCAGUGCUGUGAUUUGUUGGCAGGUGUUCAUGCACGAAGAAGCCUGAACACAGCAUCCUGGUGAAGCUGUACAGGCAAUCAUACCAUGCAUUUGCGGAGAUUAAAUCCGUUUUGUCCUUGUGUUGUUUGACCAGAGUCAAGAGUGAAUGAAAAGAGAUGCCGCUGAAAGACCAGCAUCUUUAAUUUUUCCAUCAUCACCCACCACAUGACUUGAUCGGCAGAAACCUUUCUUGACGGGAGUGGUCUGUGCAUUGGCAAUGGUCUCCUUGACGUUCAAAGACGAACAACAACAGCAAUCUUCUCAAGCUCUCAUCUGGCAUCGUCUCUUUACACGCUCCCCGUCCUGUCGAUCGUUGUGUUUCUUCAGCACUCACCACAGAAUAGAAGCUGUCCCUGCCCUUUGCUGUCCCGUGUAACAGGCCCCCAUGGCAAGACCACCACUCCGUUUCGGAAGCAUCUCCUCACCGUGUGCUCGUAUCUCAACACACUCGGGCCCCGCUCCAUCUCAACUGCUGGAAAGGCGGAGUCGUGCGUUCGUUCGGCUCCUAAGUGGAAAUACAACCCCGACACAGAGGCUCGACACGGCCCACCGCUCGGCAAGGCAGCAUGAUGCAUCGGCUAUGCUGCACUCCAAUAUGACGUGCGCUCCCAGUGCAGCAUGCGUUCGCGCCUUCUCUUUUCGUCACCGUGUGCCCCGACGGUAUUACUCCUCUCCCGCCGAAGCUCCCUCGUCAACGAGCACUCAAGAGGUUCAAUCGGGGCGUGCCGAGCCGCCGGAUUACCUGGACGAGAAGGAGAGGGCCAUAUUUGACAGGCUGAACGAGGCCCUGUCACCUGUGGCCCUUCAGGUCGAAGACAUUAGCGGCGGCUGCGGCAGCAUGUACGCUGUGGCCAUCACCUCGGAGAAGUUCAGGGGCCUACCCGUCAUAAAACAACACAGAUUGGUGAAUGAGAUCUUGGGCGAGGACAUCAAGAGUUGGCAUGGAAUACAGCUACGAACGAAGGCUCCGUGACGCAGACAGGCCACAAUAUCGUCCUCGCACGCCCGUGCGACGGGUUCCGCUGCCUUGCCGUAAUAUUCUGACGGUGAAUUCUGGGCAUGCAUCAGCUCUGGAUUUGAAUAGGCACCGGUGCGUCCCUGUAGAAAUGUCCUGGCCUCAGGGCUUGUAUGGGAUUUGAUAGAGCAUUCAUCUUCCUAAAGUCCUAACGUCGGCUUACAUAUGCGUCGAACAGUUCUAUAUUGUGACUACGUCGACAGACACUCCAUGCGUUUCGAAACGGCUGUAUUCCAAUGGCCCCGCCUAGAUUGCCUUGGCACGUUGAUACCCGUGUAUAUAUAUUUCUCGUUUCGAGUCUUUAGGUGCCACGCAUAAACUGUACUACGAGGAGGCGGGUUAAAAACUGCUACGCCCGGGAGAUAUGCUUGUAGAUCUUAUGCUGUCAACCGCACUGCGCGAUUUUGGACCAACGAGUACCCGUGAGCAAAUAGUGAAUCCAAAGCGG